AUGAAGAUAACAAUAUUGCAAUAUUUGCAUCUUUGUAAUAAAUUUUAUUCCACAAAAUCAGAUGUUAAUAAAGAAUAUGACAUACCAACAGAAAAUAUUCGUAAUUUUAGCAUUAUAGCACAUGUUGAUCAUGGCAAAAGCACUCUUGCUGAUAGAAUUUUAGAAUUAACAGGAGCAAUAAAAGUCAAUUCUGGAAAACAAAUAUUAGAUAAAUUGCAAGUUGAAAAGGAACGUGGGAUUACAGUUAAAGCUCAAACAGCAUCUCUUAAUUAUGUUUAUAAAGGAACUAAGUUUCUUCUUAAUUUAAUAGAUACACCUGGUCAUGUAGAUUUCUGUGCAGAAGUGCAUCGUUCUUUAGCUCCAUGUCAAGGAGUGCUUUUGGUAGUAGAUGCAAAUGAUGGUGUGCAGGCACAAACUGUGGCUAAUUUUUAUUUAGCCAUUAAAAGAAGUCUAGUUAUAAUACCAGUAAUUAAUAAAAUAGAUUUAAAAACUGCCAAUCCUGCUAGAGUUGCAAAUCAAUUACAAACAUUAUUUGACAUAAAAGACUCAGAUAUUUUAAAAGUAUCUGCUAAAUUAGGUACUGGAGUACCCAAUGUCUUAGAUGCUAUUGUUGAAAGAAUUCCACCACCUGAUGCAUAUAGAGACAAACCAUUCAAAGCCUUAUUAUUUGACUGUUGGUAUGAUAAGUACAAAGGAGCAAUUUUAUUAAUAUACAUUAAAGAAGGAUCUUUAUCCAUAAGAGAACAUAUCACUUUUAUGUAUACAAAAAAAUCAUAUGAGAUUAGAAACCUUACAUUAUUAAGGCCUUUCGAAGAACCUGUAAAUAAAUUAUUUGCAGGUCAAAUAGGAUGCAUUUCAUGUAACAUGAGAUCUACCAAAGAAGCAUUUAUUGGAGAUACAGUACAUAUAAAAAAUAAUGUUGUUGAACCCUUAUUAGGAUUUAAGUCACCAAAACCAAUGGUGUUCUCAGGUGUUUAUCCAAUUGAACAAUCAGAAUUUGAAGUUAUGAGAGUUGCUAUUGAAAAAUUAACACUAAAUGAUAGUAGUGUUUCUGUUACAUUAGAAACCAGUGUAGCUCUUGGACAAGGUUGGAGAAUUGGAUUUUUAGGUUUAUUACAUAUGGAAGUAUUUAUGCAAAGACUUGAACAAGAAUAUGGUGCGAUUUCAAUUGUAACAACACCUAGUGUUACAUAUAAAGCAAAAAUUUUAGGCAAAAAAAAUAUUAAAAAAUACGGAAACGAUAUGAUUUCAUUCAAUAAUCCUGCAGAUUUUCCAGACUAUCAAAUUGUGGAAGAGUAUUAUGAACCUAUGGUAUUAGGAACUGUUAUAGCACCAAUCUCUUUGUGUCUUGAGAAACGAGGAGUACAACAGUUAACAAAAGAUGCUGGUAAUAACAGAGUAUUGUUUCAAUACAUACUACCAUUAAAUGAAAUUAUUAUUGAUCUUCAUGAUACACUGAAAUGUAUAACCUCAGGAUAUGGCACUUUUGAUUAUGAAGACUAUGAUUAUGAACCAACAAAUAUAGUAAAGUUAAAUGUUGCCUUGAAUGGUAAUAUAGUGGAAGAAUUUAGUGCCAUUGUACAUACUAGCAAAGUUUGUACAAUAAGCAGGCAAAUAUGUGCAAAAUUAGUAGAUAUUCUUCCACGUCAAUUAUUUGAAAUAGUAAUUCAAGCUGUUGUCAAAGGAAAAGUGAUUGCAAGAGAAACUUUAAAACCCUAUAAAAAAAAUGUAACUGCAAAAUUGUAUGGUGGUGAUAUUACUAGAAGAAUGAAACUAUUAGCUCAACAAGCACAUGGAAAGAAAAAGAUGAAAAUGGCUGCAAAAAUUUGUGUACCGCGAGAAACGUUUAUAAAUCUUCUUAAGAAGCAGUAUAAGUGA